AUGCUUCAAUCUGCGUUCAACUCGUUUGCUUGCAAGAGGCUCUCAGCUUUUUCGCGCGCUUUUGGUGUUUUGUCAUUUUCGCCGCCGCCGCCUCUUCUGCUUUCUCGCGUUCCUCGUGGGCUCUUCCACUCACAACAACAAUCAAGCGAGGUCGAGACCACCAAGCCGGUUCUGCUUGUUGGAGGCCCAGACGACGAGCUCUUCUACCAGAAGUACACGACGCUCGGUCAGCACGCUCAGUUCAAGACAGCAGGUGCAUUUGACAGGAAGGCUGUUUCUCACAUCAUGAGGCAAACCAAGCUCAAGCAUGCCUUUCUCAGCGACAGCAACAUGUAUGCAGCUUCGCCCAAUCUGGCUGCCGCCCAGGCGCAGAUCUCGAAAAACGUUGGCGUACCUGUCGUCUACACGCUGUUGCCGCGCAUCGAGUCGUACCUGAUUUUGAGUGAAAUGCUCACGCGGAGCGAGGAAGCAUACGCCCUGCGCCACCACGCCAUCCGCGUGAUUUACAAGCACAUGGAUUACUUUUUCACCUCAUUCAAGAGCAUGCGCGAGGAGUCGGGUCUGGGUCUCUCUACGAAGUCGAGCGAAACAGCGCCGAACGACCAGCAGAACAAGGUUUUUACAGCUGUCGACCGACUUUUUCCGCGCAUGGACCCGAACGGUCCGGAGAUGCUCUGGAGUGAGCUGGUUCAUCAGCAGCGCGUCAACGCUUCGUCAAGCUCAUUCGAUCCUGUUGGCUUUUGGACCACGUAUGUCAAGAUGGUGGAUGGCAAGAAGGCAAUGGUGCGUGGACCUGACGGAGAGCCGAGGAGCACCGACGCGAUGAUUUGCAAGACGACGUGUCUCCACCCCAAAGUCCAAGCUCUGCUCGACCAAACUGUGCAGGCUGCUCUUCAAGGCUUGAAGUGA